AAUUGCCAAUCUUUCGCUCGUUAGAAUUGUGAGGAGACGACUCCUGCUUCAAUGGAGGAAGCUCACCAGCAAGAGUCGAGAUCCGAUGACUUAAGUCAACGGAGGAGCUACUGGAGAUGGAGAAAGCAGGAUUUUUUCCCGGAAUUCUCUUUUCAGAGCUUCUCUACCUACAAAUCAGCUCUCUCCGCCACUUGUCCUCGCCUCGCCGAUCGUCUUCUCUCGCGUUCUUCCGACGCGUACGAGCUCGAUGCAGCACGCCGCGAAAGCGAGAACCCAAUGCGUCGUUGUCUCACGUGGUGGGACUUGCUCUGGCUUAGCUUUGGCUCUGUUGUUGGGUCUGGUGUGUUCGUGAUCACGGGUCAGGAGGCUCGAAAUGGAGCUGGUCCUGCCGUUGUUCUCUCUUACGCUAUCUCUGGUGUCUCUGCUUUGCUCUCAGUUCUCUGUUAUGCUGAGUUUGGAGUUGAGAUUCCUGUCGCUGGAGGUUCUUUCUCUUAUCUUAGGGUUGAAUUGGGGGAUUUUAUUGCCUUUAUUGCUGCUGGGAAUAUUCUUCUUGAGGCUAUGGUUGGUGCUGCUGGAUUAGGGAGGUCAUGGUCUUCGUAUCUAGCUAGUUUGGUCAAGAAUGAUUCUGAUUAUUUUCGGAUUAAAGUCGAUUCCUUUGCUAAAGGGUUUGAUCUUUUGGAUCCGGUUGCUGUUGCAGUGCUUUUAGUUGCUAAUGGUAUUGCCAUGACUGGAACAAAGAGGACUUCUUGGUUGAAUUUGAUUACUUCCAUGGUCACCGUUUGUAUUAUUGUGUUUAUCGUCGUUGUGGGGUUUACUCAUUCAAAAACCUCCAAUUUGGUUCCUUUUUUCCCUUAUGGGGCGAAAGGUGUGGUGCAAUCUGCUGCAGUUGUCUACUGGUCAUACACUGGGUUCGAUAUGGUGGCUAACAUGGCUGAAGAAACCGAGAAACCUUCGAGAGAUAUACCAAUUGGUUUGGUUGGUUCUAUGUCUAUGAUCACCGUGGUUUACUGUUUGAUGGCUUUGGCGUUGACUAUGAUGGUAAAAUACACUGAAAUUGAUGCGAAUGCAGCUUAUUCUGUUGCUUUUACACAGAUUGGGAUGAAAUGGGCUAAGUACUUGGUUGGUAUAUGCGCUUUAAAGGGCAUGACCACAAGCCUGCUUGUUGGAUCUCUUGGUCAAGCUCGGUACACCACUCAGAUUGCUCGGUCUCAUAUGAUUCCUCCAUGGUUUGCUUUGGUUCAUCCCAAAACAGGAACCCCUAUUAAUGCUACUCUCCUUGUAACCAUACUCAGCGCAAUAAUCUCCUUUUUCACCAGCUUAGAUGUUCUAUCAAGCGUUUUCUCCUUCGCCACCCUCUUCAUUUUCAUGCUCGUGGCAGUAGCAUUGCUUGUGAGACGUUACUACGUGAAGGAUGUGACUCCUGAGACCGGUUUGUUGAAGUUUCUUGGUUUUCUGUUUCUGAUCAUUGCUUCUUCCAUUGGAGUAUCAGCGUUAUGGAAUGCAGGCGUUGGAGGAUGGAUCGCUUAUGCAGUGACUGGAGUUUUAUGGUUUAUAGGCACUUUAGGAUUGGCAUUGCUUCCGAAAUACCGUGUCCCUAAGGUUUGGGGAGUCCCGCUAGUUCCGUGGUUGCCAUCGUUUUCAAUCGCCAUGAAUCUUUUCCUUAUCGGAUCACUCGGUUAUGUAGCAUUCUUGAGAUUCAUCAUCUGCACCAUGGUGAUGCUUUUGUACUACCUUUUCGUUGGUCUUCAUGCAACCUAUGAUGUAGCACAUCAGCCACUGGAAGAAGCAAAGUUUGAGGGAGAGAGAUAAAAGAAUCGAUCGCAACACUUCACCACGGUUGGUAAAUUGUAUAAAUUCCCAUGUUUUCUUAUGUAAUCUCACUAUUCUUGUAUUAAAUAAUACUUAAUUGUAUCUUUUCACAUCCAUUAUUUUUGUGUUUUCUCAUUCUUUUCAUUUUUCAAUGUUGAAAGCUUGUUGAACUCUUUUGUAUUUGUUUCUAUCUUGGAAAUAGGAAUAAAAUAAGGUGUUCUCA